AAGCUCUCAAUUUGAUGCUUCAUGUGUGUGUGCUUUUAUAACUUUUUGCAGGCAUGGAAAAACUGGAAGGAAGGGACUGCAUUAAAUCUCUUAGAUCCAACUUUGAAAAAUGGUUCAACAGCUGAAAUGAUGAGAUGCAUCCAUAUUGGUUUGCUAUGUGUUCAAGAAAAUGUUGCUCACAGACCAAACAUGGCUUCAGUUGUUCUCAUGCUUAGUAGCAAUUCAAUUAGUCUCCCAGUGCCCUCUCAACCUGCAUUUUUUGUGCACAACACCAAUGCAUCAGACAUGCCAUCCUCAUUUGGCAACAAUUCAUGGGUAUCAGACACGAAGAGCUCAGAGGAACAAUCUAUCCCCUUGUCAAAUAAUGAUGUUUCAAUCACAAAGCUAUAUCCUCGAUAGUUUUUGAGAUUCAAAGCUACAAUUAGAUUUGCAUUUGUCAACCUGGUUCAAAACAAUGUUAGAAUUCGCUUAUUAGAUGUACUAAUAUCUAAUACUAGUUCUUGUAAGCAAAAAUACUUCCAAGCACAAAUAUACAUGUAUGAUUUGUUUCCUGUACUAGUUUCCUUCCUGUAUAAUUUGAUACAGUGUAUAAAUUGGUAUUGGUUUC